UUCGGCCUACACUCAUCACAAUAUAAGAAGUCCGUUUGGACAGAUCAUCAUUUUAAUAGAAUGUAACCAAAAAACUUUACGUUUGAGAUGAACGAAACAUUUUAAAAUCAAUACUUCUCUUUUUGGAUUACAAAAUCACAUUUCUUUUUCGAGCGUUAUAUUAUAUGUAAGAAUAUGUCUCCUUUUAUUUUUUUGUUCAAGUAAAUUCCUAAUUAAAAUGUAUUUUGAAUUGCCUCGAAACGUAUCAAAAAAAGUUAGGUUCUCAGCCUUUUUUUUUUUAAACACUAGUGCUGUACCUGAUUAAUCGUAAAUUUUUACCGAUUUUAUCUAAGUCCGUAAAAAAUCGAAUCGAAUCGAAUGGAAGAGCAUAAAAUAAUAUCCGAUUGACGUCGCAAACAAAUUUAAAGAAUCGUUUACUACAUCUUUCUCCCUAAACAAUCAUUCAUAAUGCAUUGAAUUUAGUCGAUCUUUACUACAAAAAGUAUAAUGGAAUAUUUUUUUUGCACUCACAGGUAACUUUUUUUUUAUGGCAACACUAUUAAUUAAUUAGCCUUUCUAUUUAGUCCGCGUUCCUGUUGGAUCCAUUUCAUUCACCAUUUUGGAAGUUAACAGUGCGGUUCGGUAUUUUUUUUGUGACUUUGUUUUGAUUUUGGACUGUUUCUCUUACUAUCACGUUGACCUUGGCUACUGUUUUCUGGACUUUGAUUGAGCACUGUGAUUCGGACUUUUCUGCAGUUUGUGCCGAUUGUGGUGUGUGAACUUCUUUUCAAAAUGUCGAAAAGAGGCCGUACUAUUCAAAGCCAAUCGCGUGAGUUGAUUGUGAAGUUGCACGAUUAUUUUGAACGGGAAUCGCUGAAUGGUGGACCUUUAGUACCGGUAGCUCAAGUACAUGAUCGCAUCAUAGAUGCGCUUGGGAUCGGUACGAAAACUAUACGGAAAGUCUUAAAGGAAAAGUAUGGGCCUUCCGGCAGUGAAGACAAUGUUUUACGUACUCCUAAAAAGCGGAAGAAAAGCAAGCCAGUGACAGGUAUCGACUCAUUUGAUGCAGAUGCAAUUCGGAACCAUAUUUAUGGAUAUUAUUCAAGAAAGGAAUACCCUACUGUGAGCAAACUCUUGGUAUCACUGAAAGAAGCUGGCUUGUUUACUGGCAGUGCUACAUCUCUAGUCACAGUUAUGAAACAAAUUGGAUUCGAAUAUAAAAAGAGUGACCAACGAAAGAUAAUUAUGGAGAGGUAUGAUUUAGUACUGCUAAGAGUUUCAUUUUUGAAAAAAAUGAAUAAGAUAACUGAUUGGGAUAACGUAGUUUUCAUCGAUGAGACAUGGUUGAAUUCCAACCAUACAGUGCCACAAUCAUGGACUGAUGACACAAAGGCAUCAUGUUCUAAUGUGCCGAUGGGAAAAGGUGGACGACUGAUAAUUUGCCAUGCUGGAUCAGCUGGGGGAGGUUUUGUGGACAAUGCUUUGCUUGCAUUUGAGUCAAAGAGCACAAAGGAAUACCAUGAGGAAAUGGACGCUGUUAAAUUUAAAGAGUGGUUUGCAACAAGUUUACUUCCUAACCUCCCCCAUAAAUCUAUCAUAAUUAUGGAUAACGCACCGUACCAUUCGAUACACAUUGAUAAGCCACCCACUCAGGCAAACAAAAAGGCAGAUAUAGUGGCAUGGUUGGAAAGACAUGGCAUCGAAGCCGACCUGAACAGUUUAAAGGCCGAGUUAUUACAAUUGGUGAGAGAAAAUAAACCAACAACACCGAGAUAUGAAAUUGACGAACUUGCACAAGAGCAUGGACAUACCGUCAUCCGGACACCGCCGUACCAUUGUCAAUACAACGCAAUCGAGUUAAUUUGGGCUCAAGUUAAAGGCUACGCAGCACGAAAAAAUACAGAGCGACCGUUCUCCACCAAGAAAAUGAUGGGUUUAUUGAAGGAAGCUUGUGCAAAAAUCACAAAAGAAGACUGGGCAAAGGUAGUGCAAAGAACGAAAAAUUUAAUAAAGGCUGAUUUUGAUAGGGACAUCAAUAUUGACAAUAUGAUUGAUAACGAAAUAAUUAUAUACACAGGCGACGAUAGUUCAACGGAUUAUGCUUCUGACGAAAGUGAAUAAAUAUUUAUUUAUUAA